CCGCUCCCGCGGCGCCCAGCUCCGCCCCGCCGGUUUCCCCGGCAGCCUCCGCGAGCCCGGCGCGCCGUCCUCGGCCCCGGACCUCCGCCUCCUGCCCGCCCCACAACUUCGGGGCUCCACUCAGCCUCCACUCCCCCUCUUUCGUGCUGCGCUGCCUUCAGUCUCUCCGCAGCCCGCGCCCGACUUGUCCUCCGCCUUCCGUAAACUCGGGUCUCCAGCGAGGCUCGUCCCCGCGCCCGCGCCGCUCCCGCGCCCGAGUGCAGAGACGCACCCCAGAGCCCGCCGCGGUGGACACGGUCCGCACCAGGCGCGCAAACGCAGCCCGCUGCGGAGAGCGAGGGCGCGCUUUGCCGCCAGCGGGUCAGCCGUGUGCGGGCGGCGGAGGCGUCUUAGGGCCUAGUCCCUGCGUGUGGGCCUGGGCGGGACUCGGCCCCGCCCCCGGAGUGCUCGCCAGCUGGCGGGGUGCCCCGGCCGCUGGGCGGACUCGCCUCCCGGUGGGCUCUGGGCACCCUCCAGCAGGGGAGCGCCUGUUCUUUAGUCUGGGCCGGAUGCGAAAAGUGCAGGGCAGCAGAGUUGACACUACGAGAUGUUAAGGCUCCUUACCGCCCUUGGCAGAAAAGCGCCGCAGGAUGGAAGGUUUCUGUAAAGCUUAUCUAAAGGUCCCUAUGUUGACUAGUUGAGACAAAUACGAAUAUGGCCUUCUACAGUUGUAACACGGUCCUAGCUAUUGCCCGGACAAGAUUCCCUAGCCAUUUUGUCCAUCCUACCUGCUGUUCUCAUUUCCCAUCACUUGCAUUUCUUCACUUGCCAGAGUCCCAUUUAAAUCAAACAUGUAUGAAGAACUAUGGGAGCAAGACGUUCUCCUGUCUUAGUCAGCCAGGCAGUAAAGCACUGUCCUUACAAACUAGGACCACACAACAGCUUCACACGUCAUCCUGCUGGUUCCAAGAGGCCCCGGGGAAACCUCGGCUGGAGCAAGCCCCCAAAAGGCCACAGGAGAUGAGCCCUCAGCCCACAAAAGAGAUUGGUACGAAGCCUCGGGAAGAAAAGCAAUCUUAUGGACAGAAAAUUAUGGCUGAACUUAAAUAUUAUUACAAUGGAUUCUCUUUGCUUUGGUUUGACACCAAAGUUGCUGUAAGAAUGAUUUGGAGGCUGUUGCACGGACAGGUGCUGACCAGGCGAGAGCGACGAAGGCUGUUGAGGACCUGUGUUGAUAUCUUCCGCUUGGUUCCUUUUCUGGUGUUUAUAAUUGUGCCCUUCAUGGAGUUCUUAUUACCAGUGUUUCUGAAACUCUUCCCAGAAAUGUUGCCAUCAACUUUUGAAAGUGAAUCCAAAAAGGAAGAAAAACAGAAAAAGAAAAUGGCUGCCAAGUUGGAACUAGCAAAAUUUCUUCAAGAAACAAUUACAGAAAUGGCAAGGAGGAACAGGGCCAAGCUGGGAGAUGCCUCCACACAGUUCUCGUCCUAUGUCAGACAGGUCCAGACAGGCCACAAGCCCAACACAAAGGAGAUAGUUCGUUUUUCCAAACUAUUUGAGGACCAGCUAACUCUGGAGCACUUAGAUCGACCUCAGCUGGUUGCCCUUUGCAAACUGCUAGAACUGCAGCCUUUUGGAACCAACAAUUUGCUCCGCUUUCAGCUCCUGAUGAGACUGAAGUCUAUAAAAGCAGAUGAUGAAAUGAUCGCCAAAGAAGGGGUGAGUGUCUUAACUGUGUCCGAACUCCAGGCUGCCUGUAGGGCCCGGGGGAUGAGAUCACUGGGUCUCACUGAGGAACAACUGAGACAGCAGCUCAGAGAGUGGCAGGACCUCCACCUGAAGGAGAAUGUCCCCCCUUCUCUUUUGCUCCUGUCACGAACCUUCUACCUGAUAGAUGUGAAGCCAAAGCCAAUUGAGAUCCCACUAAGUGGGGAGGCUGCAAAGAUGGAUAUUCCUGUGGAACCACCUACUUCUCCUGAAUCUAAAGAAAACUUGGUGGACUUAGCACCCCAACUGAAGGGAACUAAGGAUGAAAACUACGUGCAGCUGCCGCCAGCUGUGUCUUCGCCCCCAGCAUCCGCAGCGUCGCUUUCGUUGCCACAAGGGCCCAUCACUUCCGCUGAAGAAGCUACGCUCCAGGCCAAAUCACAGAAGACAACCCAGAACAGCAAGGCUAGUUCCAAAGGAGCGUAAGGACGGCUGGAGGACGCGGCUCGCCCUAUCCGGCUCCCCGCCCUCAGCAGUGGCCUUCUUGAAGGACCUCCCAGCUAAGACUGUCUAGUUUGGGUUGAGGACCUGCCACUUAGUCCUUGGGCAGUCCUUUGAGACCUUGUAAACAUUCCAGAUGAUGUCAGCAGUGAGACCAAGUUCAGCCCGUUUAGAAAAAUAUACUUGCAAAGCCCACUUCCUGUGCCAUUAUGUCAUCCCACUGAACUUUGUGUGAAGCCCCCCUGCCCACACUGUUUUUAACAACUUCAUAUUGUGCCCACGUCCUUUAAGGGAGGAACUGUGCCAUGGAACCGGCUUAGCGACUUAGACGAUUCUGCCUGCUAUGGCUUGGUAACCUGUGUAAGAACUUGAAAACUCCAAAAACCAGUGUAAGCGCACCUGACUGACUCCUUCAGUGAUCCAGCAGUAGGAACAGUACUUUAUGAGAUGGAACGGAUAUUCCCACCGUAAGGUCUUUCUGGGUGUAAUGAAAAAACUUCUUGGAGAAUAAAGUGGGGAGUGAGACUGGCAAUCCGAAAGGCUUGGCUGCUGCUUGGCUGUUCUGUGACUCCCCCCUCUGGGCCUGCAGGAAUCUGGGAGGCGGCCACGAUUCCAGCACAUGUGGCUUUCAUCAGCCACCAUUUUGCUAGGAAACAUAAUUAAGGGUUUAAGGCUUAACCAUUUGUUUGUGCUGGGUGUGUGUUUUCCUGGCCUUUCACAAACAAGACUAUUUGUUAGUCAUAGAGGUUGGUAAAGUCUGAUAUGACCCCUAUGCUACCCAGUAACAAACAUUACAUUCAGGUAUUUGCUACCCAGUAACAAACAUUACAUUCAGGUAUUUGCCUGGUGUUUUCUGGGCUUGUCAAUACUGAAAAGACAACUCCACUGACUGCCACGAAGCCGAGCAGCGGUCUUUCCCUUGAGGAGUGCUUAGGAGGGAAGAGGUGUUUCACCUCUGGAUGACGAAAUUGGGUUUCUUCCCUUGCUGUGAAAUUGCAGUUUGCUGGGAAUCAGUUAGACUAAGUGAAACAAGCAUCUUUGCCCAGGAUCACCUAAACGAGGGCUGAGGGCUGUCGUCAGCACUUCGCAGCAAGGAUAUGUGCUUUUAUAAGCUUCCUAACCCUCCUCUCGGCCAGAGGACAAGCCCCACCAUGUCCCCCGCUGAUGAACUUCAGUUCCUUGAGAACAAGAACCCCUACUAUACAGCAUUCCAGGGAUCGCACCAUUGCCUGGCACGGUGAUUCAUAUUAAUUUCCCCACUUUUAAAAUAAUGGGUGUUUACUUUAAUUAGUUCACAUUUCAAGUGUUGACUGUGGGAAAGGGAUUAGCUACCUGUUGAAUCCUGUUUAAGCUGAAUGAUUCAUCUGUAUUGUUGGGCUACGAUCUUUCUGGUUUGUCCAAGUGGAGUGGGAAUGGGAAAGUCAAGGGGCCCCUGGUCACUUUUGGCUUCAGUUGGCCUUCACCCAUUUUUGCUUCAUAAUCAGGCAUCCAAGCUGUGACACACCUCUGUUCCCAUUCUCAUGAUAGCAGCUCAGAGGAGUCAAGGUCAUUUCUUUGCCCCCAUCACUUAGGCUUGGCUGUUGGCUUCCAUGACUGUCAGCUCCAGCCUCGUGCUACAGCUGAGUUAAAGGUGUUCUGGGGGAUGACUAGCAACAGACUCAGGUGGGGGGCCCAAUCUGCAGCCCUUGCGGAUUCCAGUGAUGUAAAUACCCCCACACGGCAGACCUCAGGCCACCAGCAGGCCACUGAAUAGCAGUUGGAAAAGACGGAGCCAGUCCCAGCACACAGCUCCAGCCCACAGCAGCAGUGAGAGACAAUUAAACCUUGACUCGUCAUGUUCAUUAAACACCUCCCUCCUGUGCACCAGCAGUGUAUGUGAUUCUACUCAUGUUAUGUGGUAGCCUAGAUAGAACGUGCCCAAGACCGAGUCUUCCUGAACACCUGGGUUCUUCCUGACCUUCCCUCUCCCCGGCUGUCACCAGCUGCUGAUAAUCUGAGUAUAAUCUUAGGCCUUUUCUGAACCCAGCCUGAGUGAUCAGUGGUGUCAGACAUGGCCUGUGACUCUGACAUUAAUUCUGCUACAAUGGGUGCUGGAAGCACUUGACAUUCAUGGACCUACACUUCUGCCGUGUCAAAUUCUGUACUCCACUUAUUUUAGUGAUAUCAAAUACUCUGUACUGCUGAAACCUGGGCUAACGAGGUCUCCCAGUCACCAGUACACAGCUAAUGGAACUUCAAAGCAGACCGGCGCGUUAUCUAAUGUGGCCCUCUGGCACCCCCCAGUGGCCACUGAUAAACACAGCGACUUCACUGUCAUUGAGAUAGAUUUCUUGUUUCAUCUGAGGUUCUUACUUACCUGAGAUCAAUACAUUACAUUAGCGGCACCAAGGGACUGAUGACCCCCAGCCUAUGGCAAUUAGGAAAGGCAGAAAGGCAAUAUUGAUUAAUCCUGUGGUAAUCCCAGGCUCUAAUCUCUUAACCCUCAGGAAACCAGCCAAAUUCAGUGCCUCGAUAGCACGUUGUCUUCAUUAGAGAAACCGGAUUCUUUCUCUCCGGAGACCGGGUCUGGUCAUCUAAGUGAAACGGUCAUUUCAUUUUCUCUCAGGUCAAUUUCACUAUCUUUUAUUAGACAGCCAGCUCAAUCUCUGGGGAAAUUCGUGGGUGGUUUGAGUAGUAACAGCAAGGACACCGCUGUUGCGACAGCGCCUUGCAUUUCUCUAGCGUGCCUCCCGAAGGCAUACAGAGCCCUUCACAGAUCCUCCAUCCAUUUCCACAGCGCUGCUUCAAGGGCCAGGGCAGAAGUUACCACCACUCUUUCACAAGGAAAGACACCACUAUCAGGCCUGAAAACAAAUGUUUUUUAAGAGCUAAAAUUCAUUUCCUGGCUCUGUUCACCAAAUUGUGCCUUCAUCAAACACAAACACAAACUGUAAUAUGUUGACAGUUGCAUAUUUACAGAGACACAAGGAAAGAGAACUAAUUUACAAUAGUAGCCAAUACUGUAGCUGACAAAAAAUAGAGAGCUCAGAAGGGAAACAAAGUAGCAAUCUCAUUCUCCCUG